AUGAGGUCUGGCCAAGGUUCUCGCUUUGGCCACGUGUGCUCUGACCUCUAUGGUCUGAUCAGGAAAUACGGGCUGAACCCGUGCCCUCAAUGUUUCUGUCAGUACACAAGGAUGUAG